AUGGCGACCCUCGAGGAGAUGACCAAGGGCCUCAAGAACAACCUCGAGAAGCUUUCCGAGAUAGAGAAGCCCAAGCGGACCGAACAAGUCCGCACCAUGCAGAUGGUGGAUCUCCACCAGAUGAAGAUCGACUUCGGAAAGUACAAAGGUCACACCUUCCAGGAGGCAGCCCAGGACAAGUCCUACGUCCAGUGGGUGGCAAGUCACGUGAAUCCCGACACGAGCUGCGAGGGGAUGAAGUGCUUCCUGAUCUACCUCUUCCGGAAGACCACCUCCGAAGUUCAUCAAGUGGAGGCCGGCUACAAGGGAGAGGCAUCAAACGCAAUGCCAGCGCUCAAGAAAUCCGAGAUGAAGAAGCGGCUCCCCGAAGAGGUGAACCUCACAGUGGAAGACUCCGAAGUGGAGAGCGAGGGUGGUCCGAAGCGAUGUCCAAGGCGGCAUGGUGACACAAAGUCAUCUGGGAACGCCCUGACGACCAUUGCUGAGGAAUCCGAAGGGCAGCGAGAGGUAUGUGAAAUUCAUGUGGCUGUGGCAGCCAGGGAUGUCCACUGUAAACGGGGAGUUUGGAUGUUGAAUCAGAGAGUGAAAAAGUCUGCUGAAGUCAAUAUCCGCAAGUUGAAUGAAAGCGAUCAACAACAGUUUGAACAAGCCAUGAAAAAGGAAUUAGACUCAUUCAUGUCGAAUGAUGCUGUCAGGGUCUGCGAGGCGGCUGGGAUCCCCCGGGAAAGAGUUUUGGGAAUGAGAUGGAUUUACACUUGGAAGCAAGUGGAAGACCCCGAAGGAAAACCCAUUGGCCGAAAGGCCAAGGCCCGGUUGAUCCUAAAGGGGCUUCAGGAUCCUGAUUUGUUGACUGUUGAUCGUCAAGCACUCACUAUGUCCACUUUGGGGAGGAAUGCCAUUUUGUCUCUUGCUGCGAGGAAGCGGUUCAAAGAGGAAACGGUUAAGUUUUGUGAUUGUGAUUUGAAACAAUUGGCUAAUUGUGAUGUUGUGGUGACUCAAGAGCGUUUUGCGUUGGGUAUUGAUGAAAUUCCUUUGGAUUCUCUCAGAAAAGGACAGAAACAGGAUGAUGCUAGCCCUCAAGAGAAACAGAACAUGCGGAGAAUUUUGGGUGCACAGAACUGGAGAGCAGUUCAAUCCGCUCCUUGGCUCUUAGCAACGGUGUCUCAUCUGCAAGGAUGUGUGGAAACGGCUACUGUCAGUGACCUUCUUGAAGUCAAUAAGUUGGUGCGAUGGCAACGGAGAUAUGCAACUCAUGGUUUGACUUUUGUGCAUAAUCCCCAAGAUACCAUGGUUGUAACUUUCACGGAUGCUUCAUGGGCCACUCGACGUGAUGGGAGCUCUCAAGGAGGACAGAUCACUUUGCUAAUGAGUAAGAGUGUCAUGCAUGGGGAAACUAGCCAUUUUUCUGUGUUGUGUUGGGGUAGCCGCCGUCUGCGGCGGGUUGCACGGUCAUCUACUUCCGCUGAGGUCCAAAUGUCAGGUAAUGCUCUGGAUCAACAUGAGUUUUGUAAACUGUUCAUGAUUAUCAUGGAAGAACCCAAUAAGAUUGAUCUUCGUCAGCCAGAUAAUGUCUUGAGGAGCCAAGAAUCUUGUUUAAUCAGCGACUCAAAGAAUGUGUACGACGGCUUGGAGAAAGUGGAGACCUCAGGCCUCCAAAUGGAAGAGCGGCGUACAGCCAUUGAGUUGCUGGGCAUCAAGGAACGUUUGGCUCAGGCCAACAUUCGCUGUCGUUGGGUUAGUGGUGAUCAGGAACUGGCCGAUGGUUUGACCAAACCAUGGCAGGGAGAGCAGCUUGUCAAAGCCUUGCAGAAAACCCGAUGGAGCAUUAUCUUUGACCCUGAGUUUAUCUCAGCGAAGAGGAAGAAACAACUGGGCAAACUCAAACACUUAGAGUGUGGUGAUUUAAACCUGUGGCUUCGAUCUGUGUUUUUACUUGAUGAGUUUUGUCGUGGCCAGAAAGAUUUUUGGGGCUGUGACGUGUCCAGCCUAACAUAGGGCAAACGUCCGUCAUUG